AUGGAAAGUCUUGAAAAUAGUUUUGGUUAUCUUAACUUGAGGGAGGCGUCACAACCACUCGCAGAUCCGUCAUGCUUUUUUUCAAAUGAUCAAGUUUUUAAAGCCUAUGGAAGCCUUCCAACCAACAACCACAGACGGAAUGCCCCUCGGUUAUCACGCUACGGAAAUGCGGAAAGCAUGACACCACAGUCUAAUGGCUAUCCAAUGUUUAAUCAAUGGAAUCCAAUUCACAGACUUGAUAAUAUUGGCCUUUUUGGUCCUCCACCGAUUAUCUUCGACAAUGGAACUGCAAAUCAUGGUGGUGUUGUACAUCGUCCAAUGAAUAAACAGUAUAAUGAUAGGCAAAUGUGGACGAAACCUUUGAAGAAAAGUGAAUAUGAGUUGUUUGAACAACCGAAAAGUGCUUUAAAUUUUCAAUUAUACGAUAGUAUACCAGUUACACAAUCUGGACCGAACUGGACACCAGUGGAACCUAUAAAAUCAUUUAGUGAUGUUGAACUGCAUCAAAUAAUCAAAGAUAAUGUGGCUAGGGCACAGUACAUUCAUCCUACACCAGUACAAAAGUAUGCAUUGCCAAUUAUCGCUCUGAAGCGUGAUCUGAUGGCAUGCGCUCAAACAGGUUCAGGGAAGACAGCAGCUUUUCUUCUCCCUAUACUUAAUAUGCUAUUUGAAGACAAAGGUUGUGAAGCUCCUGAAGGAUCUGCACUAAACUGUGCUGCAUGUCCUGUGGCAUUAAUCCUCGCCCCAACACGGGAGUUAUCUUGUCAGAUUUACGAUGAAGCUCGAAAGUUUGCCUAUCGUUCCAGCAUUAAACCUUGCGUAGUUUAUGGUGGAGCAUCGAUUUUGAACCAAAUCCGAGAUUUAUCUCAUGGUUGCAAUUUACUUGUAGCAACGCCUGGACGCCUUGUUGAUUUGAUGAGCAGGGGUAAAGUGAGUCUGGAGCAAAUUAGAUAUCUCGUUUUGGAUGAAGCCGAUCGGAUGCUUGAUAUGGGUUUUGAACCACAAAUUCGUCGGAUAGUUGAACAGCAUGGAAUGCCACCAGCUGGAAAAAGACAAACCUUGAUGUUUUCUGCUACAUUUCCAAAAGAAAUUCAAACCCUAGCACGUGAUUUUCUUCACUCGUAUGUAUUCUUGGCCGUUGGACGUGUAGGCAGCACUAAUGAGAAUAUUGUUCAAGAAAUCCUCAAUGUGGAAGAUAAAGACAAGCCGGAUAUGUUAGUCAGAUUAUUGCAAGGAAAAGAUCCAGAUGGUUUGGCUUUGGUGUUUGUUGAAACUAAACGUGGAGCUGAUAUCUUGGCAAAAUUUUUAGGCCAUUUAAAUUUUCCAGUUGCUUCAAUCCAUGGUAAACGUCCUCAAACGGAACGUGAACAUGCACUGCAAUCGUUUAGAUCUGGUCGUACGCCUAUUCUCAUUGCCACAGCAGUUGCUGCUCGUGGUUUGGAUAUACCAAAUGUUAAGCAUGUAAUCAAUUUCGACUUACCAUCCGAUAUUGAAGAGUAUGUUCAUCGUAUUGGUCGUACAGGCAGGAUGGGUCAACCAGGCUCUGCGACAUCAUUUUUCUCUGAAAAAAAUCAAAAUGUAGUACGUGAUUUAGUGGAAUUACUCCGUGAAUCGAAGCAGAUUGUACCGCAAUGGUUAGAGGCACGUGUUACUUAUCCUCCAGGAUCUACAGCUCGUCGUAAUAAAAAUGGAAAUAUGAAUAAUAUUAGUAAUAAUAAUAAUAUGAAUAAAAAAAAUCGUCCUAGUUAUGGUUCAUUCGAUUAUCGUCAAUACGGUAACCGAAGUGUUAGCUAUGUUGGUGGUACUUUACCAAUGAAUAAUACCAAUAGUAGCAACAACAAUGUAGCGAAUGGUGGACUUGGCCUAUUGGGCAAUUGUUCAUUAUCCUUCCCUUUGGGUGGCGGUGGUAAUACACCUGCUAGACAUCCUCAAAAUAACACGUAUAAUGCAUUACUACAACCUGGACAAAGUCAACAAUCGAAUAAAAUGUUUUGCAAAAAUAAUUCAGCUUAUAUUAAUCGAGUCAAUAUGCUAGGUGGUGGUACACAUGAGCAUCAAAACAGCUCAUUACAACCGGGGCCUGUUUCUUUGUUCCAUCAUCAUCCGGCUAGACUUCAACAUCCACAAACAGCUACUUUAAUGCCUACUGCAAAUCCAAAUGCUGCAAUGCAUCAAUUUUUAGCCGCUGCAGCUGUUGCUGCCGCUGGUAUGCAUCCAAUGCAAUCGAAUACUGGCAAUAUUAAUGAUGCUAUGAAUAAUAGUGGUUUUCAAAAUUCACAUGUUCAUCCUGCUGCCAAUGGUGGACAUUUUGCCACGCCCACCUAUCAUCAAGCUUUUCAUCCGGCUAAUGUAUUUCCAGCCUCUAAUCAAGUCUCUUCGCAUACUGUUUCUUCGAAUGGUCGUGAUGCUACGGGGACUGUUGUCUUUCCAUCACCGGCUGGACUUUAUCAUGCUGGUAAUUUGAAUGGAGGGAGUACUUUGAGCUCAACAAGUUCAGCGACUAGUCAUCAAGCCUUACAACAGACUCAUCCAGGCACAACACUUAUUCAAACUGGUUAUCCUGUUCAGUAUUAUCCACAAAAUCAACAAUUCUGUCCAGUAUCUAAUGGAAUUCAGCGCCACUCACCUCAACAACAACACCAGCAACAACAGCAUCAACAACAACAACAAGCUGCAGUUGCCGCGGCAAUGGCUGUCGCAGCGGCGGCAGCUAUGAAUAAUGGGAUUCAAUCGAAUGCUGACAACUGUAACGCCUAUGUCACAUCACAACACUCUCAAAUGGAAUGUAAUAUUCCUAUUGAUUCUGUGACAGCGUCCAGUCCAUCUGGUAAUAUGUCUAAAAAUGGGUCUGUUAUGCAACCGCAGCAACCACAACAACAGCAACAACCGGUGUUCAGAAAUGACAGUGACUGGUGGACAUCACCGAAUCCAGCCUAA